UCAUUUGUUAGUAGAUAUCACUUGAGUGAACAAAAAAGGGGGGGGUCACAGCACAUCUGUUGCCUGGUUUCUGGCAGACAACAUGCUUAAUCACCCCAACAAAAACACACUGUGUGGGCUUGAAAAUUACAUAUAUUUUAACCUCAGCACCUUUUAUGACUACAACAAAAAUGUGAAGUUGCCUCCAUCAUCUGAGAUUGCCAGGUUUCAGGCAUUCCUGGUCUGUCUGUCAGAGAAGAGUCGCUGAAAGAAACAAUGAGAGUCAGUGUGAUACUCAUUAACAUCUGAAACAGAGGAGAAAAAGCCUGCGUACACAUCCAACACUUGUCAGAUGACCCUGAUCACUGUGUUUCUCCACUGCAACCAGAGCAGAAGAAAACAAGAUUACUGUCAUGGACUUUUUCUGGAUGUCCUUAAAAAAUUGAGGAAGAAGGCUGAAGACUACGAGAAAAGGUGAAAUCCACAAUGAACUUUAUUGCUGUGCUGGUGAUUUCAUCCGGAUUCUUCUCUUGCAACUCUGCAAAAUACCACCACUAUAAUCAAGACAAGGACAAAGAUCUGAAAUACCUCUUGGAACCUCUGGUAUAUGCUGAGGUCACUGCUCGCCGUGGACACACAGUUGUUUUGCCAUGUGUGAUGAGAUUCAAACCACCGCACUACAGAGUAAAGUGGACUAAAAUUGAACCCCCUAGUCAAGGAGUGGAAAACAUAGUGCUUAUAACAAACGGACACGCAGAUAAGCAGUAUGGCUCAGUCGGGCCUCGGGCGUCUCUCCUGCAUGCACAUAACCUGGAUGUUUCUCUCCGUCUUACUGACCUGGAGCUGGAAGAUGAUGGCAGCUACCGCUGUGAACUGAUCAAUGGAAUUGAGGAUGAAAGUGUCAUUAUUACUCUGAGAAUUGAAGGUGUUGUAUUUCCUUAUCAGAGCCACCAUGGUCGGUACAGAUUUACAUUCUUUGAUGCUAAAGAAGCUUGUGCUGAACAGGAUGCCACACUUGCCACUUACAAGCAGCUUUACAGGGCGUGGACUGAAGGGUUGGACUGGUGCAAUGCUGGAUGGCUGAGCGAUGGAACUGUCAGUUACCCAGUCCUGCAACCACGGCCGGCUUGUGGAGGGGAUCUUCUAUCAGGCAUCCGAAGUUACGGGCCCCGUCACAAAACACGGGACCACUAUGAUGCUUUCUGCUUUACCUCGACCACUAAGGGCUCUGUGUUCUUCAUUCCGGGGCCAUUCAAUUCUGCCGAGGCUGAACGUGCCUGCAGACAGGAUGGUGCCAGUCUAGCGAAGGUUGGUCAGAUCUACUCAUCUUGGAAGUUUCAGCAGCUUGACCACUGCGAUGGAGGCUGGCUGCAGGAUGGCAGUGUACGAUUCCCCAUCAUCAACCCAAGGGAGCACUGUGGAGGGAUUGCAGAACCAGGGGUUCGUAGCUUCGGGUACCUCAGCAAAAGUUUACGGCUUUAUGGGGCUUAUUGCUACAGAUAACUGCUCCAUGUUUUGCUGCCUGGUAAAUUUCUGCUACAGAAUGUAUCCUUCAUUUGUGGAACAUAACGGUAUGAGCACCACUAGAGGCUCUCUGCAGUGUAGAGCUGCAGGAAAGGGAAUGUAUGAGCUAUACAGUUAGCGUUCUGGAUUCAGUAUAUAUCAGUUCAUUUAGUAAGCUUUUUUUUUUAAAGCAGAAACUUUUGGGUUCUGCUGGGAAUACAUCACUUUCAGAUUAAAUGUGGAUUGACACAAAGGCUUAACCCUUGCUUGAAUAGCUGCUACUGUAGCUUGAAAUGCUAACUCAAUAGCUUUGACUAAAGCUGUGCUGUAAAUUUCAGCUGCACAGGCAUUUAAUAUAUAGCAGCAAGAACAAUAUGUCAACCAAGUCUAACAAUUAUUCAAUCAACGUAUUUAUAACAACAUAUGCAGAUUCCACAAACUUUUAUUUGUAAAAAGAGAUGGACUUAAAUUAAUAUUGUUUUUUUUUUUUUCAUAAACUUGUACAAAGGGAACAAAUUAUCCUUAUGGUCUUAUGUAUUAAUGUUACAUUGUUAGCACCAUGUACUGAAUGGUGCCUUAUAGUUGGAUUUUAUUUAUUUAUUUUAACAGUGAACAAAAUAGUAAGAUUGUAAAAUGUGUGAAUAAAUUUACCAAUGAAAAUAUGAAA